GCGCCAGGGGCGACAUCUUUGAAGGGCUUUGCAACACCGCGGACGACGGCAAGGCAGAGACGCUCUGCGGGAUUCUCGACGGCUUGAUGGCAGAGUCCCUCGAGACGUUGCGGUCGACUCCGGUGACGCCAAAGGUGCUUGCCACCACGGACCUCGCCAAGGCCGUACGUGCGCUGCGGAAGCACGAGUCCGAGCGGGUCCGCGUCCUCGCUAAGGGCAUCGUGAGCGGGUGGAGGGCGGCCGCCCUGGACGACUUCGGCGGACAGGCCAUGCACCAGCCGGACAAGUUCACCGCGCCUCAGCCCAAGGAGACCGUCGAUCAGCAGCAGCAUGUCUGCGCAACGACGACGGAGCGGCGUUCCUCCAACGAGAUCGUCGGUCACGAUCAGCAGCACGCCUCGGCUGAUCUUGACGCGAAGAAGAAGAAGACGGUGGAGAUCAGCAAGAAGGCGCCCGAUCUCGUCGGCGGCAUCAACAUGGCGAAGCCCAAGGAGGCCGCUGUCGGUCGGCAUGUCAUUGUCUCGGCCGAUCCAGACGCGAAGGCAAUGGAGGCCGCAAAGCGCAAACUCCAUGAAAGGUACCAACAAGCAUCGGAGGCGAAGCGGCAGCGCAGGGUACAACUCGUGGAGGCGCCGGAGAUGCUCAAGCAGAGGCGGGAGAGAAGCCUGGCGGGGUGUGACAGCUCAAUGCUCACGAAAACCUUCUCCGUCGGUCUCCACCAUGCAGCUUCACAGGGUUUAGCAGGCUAGGCAUGCACUAGGCAGAGUUGAACUGUUGAUCAGACGUUGUGUCAUCUUUCU